GUGCAACGACCUUGGCCCGGUCAAGUUGUCGUCGUCGUAGAAAGCUAGCUGGCAACUUGGUUGAUGGUGCCAGCAAAACACACGAUCAAGCAUGGCUUAGACCACUGCUUUAGUUGUGACUUUCUUUAUCGUUGAACAAUUCCAGAAUGAAGGAGAUGGUUGGUGGCUGCUGUGUUUGUUCUGACGAGAGAGGUUGGGCGGAGAAUCCCCUGGUUUAUUGUGAUGGUCACGGGUGUAAUGUCGCCGUACAUCAGGCGUGUUAUGGAAUUGUGCAGGUGCCGACAGGUCCGUGGUUCUGUAGGAAAUGCGAGUCUCAGGAGAGAGCAGCACGAGUGACAUUAUUCCAGAGAUGUGAACUUUGUCCUCAAAAAGAAGGUGCUCUCAAGAGAACUGAUACUGGAGGGUGGUGUCAUGUUGUUUGUGCACUAUUUAUUCCUGAAGCAUGGUUUGCUAAUGUACAAACUAUGGAACCAAUUGUAUUAAAGAAUGUACCCCAAGAAAGGUUCAAUAAGGUUAGAGACAAAGUGUGUUAUAUUUGUGAAGAACAAAGUCGUGAAAGUAAAGCUGCUACAGGGGCUUGUAUGCAAUGCAACAAAAAUGGAUGUAAACAAAAUUUCCAUGUCACCUGUGCUCAAGCACAAGGUCUUUUAUGUGAAGAAGCUGGAAAUUAUGGUGACAAUGUUAAAUAUUGUGGAUACUGUAUGUAUCAUUAUAAAAAAUUGACUACUUUAUCAUCUUUUCAGAAGAAAGAUGCCAACAUCAAAACCAUUCCAGCAUUUAAACCAAUUUCUUGUGAGACUAGCACACCAGAAACUACACCAGAAAAGAAUUUUCCUUCUCGGUUGGAACGAGAAAAGGCUAAGCUCCGUGAUAUGAAAGCUGAUAGUAGUUAUUUCCACCCAAGUAAUUUGUCUAAUCAUCCCAGCUCAUUAACAAGUUCUGAUCGGGAACGUCUUCUUCCUAAUAUUGCUCAUGAUAGAAGCAGACCUCCUAAAUUAUUGUCUACUCCACCUCAAGGGUCAAAUCAGACACAGUCUGAUUCCUCUCUCACAGCACCUGGAGAAUUCGAUGGAUUUACUGAAGCUGAAAGUAAGAAUCAUUCUGUUCCACCUACUACCACAUCAUACGACAGCUGUAGAAGUGAUUCUUCAGUAACAUCACAACACAGUUCUGAUCUAGCUUCCAAAGGACCUGGAUCUACUUUGACUGCAUCAGAAAAUAAGCUUAUUAUGGAUGCUCGCUUCACAGUGUUACCUGAAGCCAGUCGUUUACUUACUUCACCAUCAAAUGGAUCCUUUACAACUACCGUUACAACUGUUCAAAAUAGUAUGGUUUCUUCUCAACCUCAAACAACAUUUUCCAGUAACUAUGACAGUUAUCUUAGUGGUAACCAUGUAAGUGCUUCAACAACCGGACUUAAUGGUGUAACAACAGUUGUAAAUAGCAGCCUUGAGCAGACUCAGGGGAAAAGACAGCGAUCAAGAUCUGCAGAAAAACAAGAUAAGAAAAACAAGAAGAACAAAUGCCAGCUGUCGUCUAACAAUAACAAAAGCAAAAGUAAUAAAGAUAUUUUGGCUACCACAUCACCAUCAUCUUCUUCAGACAUGUCUCCCUCUGACAGCAAGAAAACUUUGGCGCAGAAAAAAUCAGAUGCUCCCAUCACAUCUGGUCCACUUGGGAAUCCAAAUUAUAAUGUGUUUGGUGGUAGCCCUUAUUUUCAAAGCUUAAGUGCAUCUGGACCUGUGUCGAUUUCAGGUUUUAGCCAAACAAAUUUGGAGAAUAAUGGUAUAUUGGCAACAUCAGUUGUUACUGGAUCCCAUUUAACUUCAAAUUUAGAAACAUCUACAUCACCAAACCUUACUCCUCCACCAUUAGCCAAUGAAGGCACGUCUCCACUCAGUGUUGGCUGCCUUUUGGGACCACCAAAAAUUUUCCCUUCGAUUAACAGUGAAAAGCUACUAAAUGAGAAUGUAGGAAAUGGGCUUGUUCAGUCUAUGGAACAAUUAUUGGAACACCAAUGGGACUUGGGGUCUCAGUUUUUGAUGGAACAGGGUCAGCAUUUCGAUAUUGCUUCUCUUCUGAGUUUCUUGCAUCAAUUAAAAACAGAAAAUCGACGACUUGAAGACUGUAUUAAAUCAUUAACAGCUCGUCGAGACCAUCUGCUUGCUUUGAAUGCCCGACUUGCAUUACCAUUGAGUGCUCUCAACACAUCACAGCUACUAGCAAAAGCUACUGGUUCUCCAUGUGCUUUAUUACAACAGCCCUAUCAGAAUCCAGGCUGCACUGAAACAAACCUAGCUCAGGAUAGCGUCAGUAAUAGUCAUACUCCAUCUCAUCAUAGUCCUGCUCAACAGCAAUCAUCCACCCCAGGACGAACGCACAUUUCAAGUCCAAAUGGUUCAUAUCAAGGAAGUAGCCACAGUCUUCAGCAGUCAGGUUGUAGUCCUAUACAAACUUCACUUAGUCGGUCUUCAAGUGUGCUAGUAGGAUCAACUUUGGACUCCUCUCGACUUCAACAUGACUUAUCCAGUACUCCAGACCAGCAUUCCCUCGUAGUGUACCCAGUACUGCAACAGUCACAAGCAUCGCUCUCACAGGGACCAAUUCAAAGUUCUAAAUCAACCAACUCUCCAAGCAAUCUAAUACCACCCACAUCAUCUGCACCAUUCAAUAGUACAGAGGCUCAAAUUUCCAAUAAAACAAGUCAUGACACAAAAAUUAAAGAAAAGUCCUGACAUUAUAUUUUUUAGGUUGAUCUCUUAUCUGGUAAACAACAUAGCACCGAGUUUCAAAGGGUUCUGAUGUUGCAGGACCCAGGUGGUUAUACUGAUUAGUCACUAUCCCUCUGUAGUGGAUUCUAAUCUCAUCUCAUCUAUGUUAUACAUUGUUUCUACUUUGACAUUAUGGUGAUUGCUUUGUGCUUGACACAUCAGUUUUUACCAACGUUUCAUCAUGGGCCAUACUAGUCACUAUUGUUGGUCUCUGUCAAAGAAAAUAGAACAAGGUAUUGUUUCAAGUUCGUUUCUGAACUGGGAAAAAAAUUUCAUCAUAUCGAAACUGUGCGAUAUGAGUUUCUACCUCCAACUUGGAUUUUGUGAAAUGGAUAUUUCUAACCUGGAUCUCAUGUGAUUUCUUUUUGUAGCCUGGCUCAUUAGAGCAAAGCGAUUACAUUUAUUUGCAACUGGUUGUUGUCUAGGAAUGUGCAUCAUUUCAAUUUACUGGUUGGUUAAAGAGGCAUCUGUGCAUGAUAUAGUCACUUACCUUGCAUAUUAUCCAUCUAACAACUACAUCUUCCCUUUCGGUAGAAAACUUCAUCCCACCUUUUUUUUUUUUGUCCCUUUUAGUCAUAAUAUUGAGGAUUUAUUAAGGAAGAAUCAUGACUUAAAUCUUUAGGAUUUUAAAUUUAUAAAUUUAAAAUAUAUGCAACAAAAUAUUGAUACGGCUUAUGAAGUCUGAAAAGUAAAGUUAGUCUCUCAUCGGAAAAUGCAUUAGAAUAUUGGCCCAGAUUCAGUGGAUUUACAUUUGACUCAACUGUUCAGCUAAUUUUACACCUUUGUGACAUCCAUGUGACUAAUUACUUGUUCACAUUUGACAACAGAGUACCUCCUGUAAAUAACUGUUGUAAUGUGGCUAAUGUCAUUUCACCAUUGGCAUUGUUAAUAACAGUUAGCAUAAUAACAGUUUCCAAUUCAUGUGUUUUUUUUUUAUCUAUCACAUUAUUAAAAUCUGCUUACUUAUA